UCGAACGGAGCUAAUAUCUAAUCCAUAUGUUCACCGAGGUGAAGAAAGUGGAGAUAGUGGGUCAGACAGACUGGAUGAAUCUGUGGAGGAAACAUUUCUAAGAAGAACUGGAGCCUUGGAGAGGAAAUGAGCGCAGUGUUCCCCGCAGAUGUUCAGCAGACUCUGCUGAUUAGAGUCCAUGCUCCUGAGGGAGGAAGGCCCAAUAUGGACCAGCAGGACCCACAGCCCCUCCACAUAAAGGAGGAACAGGAGGAACUCUGGACCAGAUUGGAGGGAGAGCAGCUCAGUGUGAAGGAGGAGACUGAUGCUACAGAGUUCUCAUUCACUGCAGUUACUGUGAAGAGUGAGGAUGAUGAAGAGAAGCCUCUGUUCUCUCAGCUUCAUCAGCACCAAAUGGACCACAGAGAUGUUCCAACCAGCAGCUCAGCUGACCAGAUGAAAGUAGAAGCUGAUGGAGAGGACUGUGGAGGAGCAGAAACCAGCAGGAACCCAGAUCUGAAUCCUCAUGGAGAUGUUUCCAGCUCUUCAGAGACUGAAGUCAGUGAGGAUUAUGAAGAGGAGGAGGAUGGGAACAGUCCUGAUUCUCAGCUGGAACCCUUGUCAGACUCAACAGUACAACAUUCAAACAAUUUGAGUCAUAAGAAAAGUGUCAGAGAGAAGAAACCCAUGGAGUCACACAGAGGAGUCCAGACACAACCCAAAUCAUUUAGUUGUGACGAAUGUGGUGAAAUAUUUACCAGAAAAACAAGUUUAAACUCACACAGGAUAGUCCACACAGGAGAAAAACCGUUUCAGUGUGAGCUGUGUGGUCAAAGAUUUAGCCGCAAGUCUAAUUUAUAUGCACACGUGAGGGUCCACAUGGGACAGAAACCAUUUGAAUGCAAGCUAUGUGGUCAGAGAUUUACCCGGAAAUCUAUUUUUAAUUCGCACAUGAGAGUCCACACAGGUGAGAAACCAUUUGAAUGUCAGUACUGUGGACAAUGUUUUAGCUGGAAGCCUCAUUUAAACUCACACAUGAGAGUCCACACUGGACAGAAACCGUAUGAGUGUGAGUUUUGUGAAAAAAGGUUUAGCCAAAAGGCUAGUUUACACUCGCACAUAAGGGUCCACACGGGAGAGAAACCCUUUGAAUGUGAGCGUUGUGGACAACGAUUUAGCUACAAGACAAGUUUAAUCACACACAUGAGAGUCCACACUGGACAGAAACCAUUUGAGUGCGAGUUUUGUGGACAAAGAUUCAGCCAGAAGACUAAUUUAAACAACCACAAGAUAAUUCACACGGGAGAGAAAUUAUUUGAGUGUGAGGACUGUGGGCAGAAAUUUAACCGUAAAACUAAUUUGAACAGCCACAAGGUUGUCCACACUGGUGAAAAACUAUUUGUGUGUGAGGACUGUGGAGAAAGAUUUAGCAGGAAGAACAGUUUAAACAGACACACAAAAGCUCACAGGAAYCAAAACUCUUCUUCGCAGUGACUGAGGUCAAAGUUUUAGACUUCAGUCUGCUCAGAAACACUUUUGAACCCACACAAGAGGGAAACAUUAACUGAAUAUUAAGAUGAGUCUUAAAGACAGUUCUGGAAAAGUUAUCAGAAUUUAUUUGAUGGUUUAUAACAAGUAAGGCAAUUUUAGAUUUUAUAUCUUAUCAAAAAACUUAUGGAAAGUCUGUCUUGUGUAGACCUAAACAUAUAUUAAAAUUUUAAAGAAG